AUGAACAAUAAUACCGUUGCCGCACCUACUACCAACUGUUCAUCCUGCCGUGCACCUUUACCAGUUGACUCAGCUUACCGUACCUGCCAAGCAUGCAGAGAGCAAGUUGCAGCCACACGACGCAGACGUCGAGCUAAACAAAAAGAGCAGGAAGGCAGCCCAGUAAGACGUAGGGAAAGACCUAGAGUAGAACCUUCUCAGAUAAUUUCUGCUGCUUAUACUUUGCAGCUUUCUCGCCUUCGUCCUUUGGACCUUGGACUCCAGUUGCAAUGCUUGCCUGAUCCACCUGAGUACUUGAAGGACUUGCUCGAACGUACGGACGCCCAAGGCCGUUACUUUAAGGACAACCUUCGUCAAUAUAACGUUGCCUUUGCAUUUACCUCUUUGGGAUGUGACAUUAUCUACGGCGCCCUUUGCCACUGUCAAGACCCUUUGAUUCCAAUUAAAGGCAACGCGUCUUCAUAUGCCCAAUUGUACAUCUAUGAUCCUUCAAAACUUUUGAAUCCCCUUUCUCAAUGUAAUUCCUUUGCACGCAUUUAUCGUCAUGCAUAUGAGAUAUUGAGCAACCAUGAGGGCUCCAGCAUCAACAGCGAGGAUAUAGCUAAUAACAAUGACUCUGCUGAAAGCGGAUCACCUUUUAUUAUCGUCAGUUCAUCGAUGAGAAUGCGUUUGAUCGAAGAAGGCGAUAGACGCACUUACAACCUGCCAACAAUGGAAGAAGUUGCUGCGGCUAUUCCUAUUGAAUAUAUUGACAAAAGCUUCCAUGACAUCGUCCUUACCUUGGAAAGCAGCAUUAGAAAUGACAGUCUCCGCUGA